GUAGUUCUUGCAAUGCAACUAGCAAGUACAAAAGUAGCAAUAUUAGGGUUGUGGUUACUUUUGUAUUGGCGAUGCGCCUCCGGCAAUAAGACGAAUCUAACGAUCGACCUCAGCCGGAAAAUCCGUUCACUGCUUUUUACAAAGGGCUCCAAUAUGGGGAUUUUCUUCGCUGUGGCUAUACCCAUUGACAUACCAGAUAAGUCAGUUUCUCAGUCUUUCUACAUCGAGGCGAACUACGGAAUACCAACCAUAAACAGUGUCAUUAUCCAAAACACUCACAUGGAAAAGCGGAGCAUCGACAGACGCUUACUUUAUAACGUUAUUGAAAGUAAGCUUGAAAGUAACGGAUAUCCAGGAAGGGCGUGUCUACUGCGUACGAUAUGUGAAUCUGUAAAAUUCCCAUUUGUCGAAAAUGGCCUUGUGGGUGAUAUUAUUCGCAUAGUAUUUACGCCUUCGUCUUCGCAAAAGGAAAAUCUCGAUGCAGAAAUUGAAGAAGCCGAAUAUUCAUCGGAUUGCUCAAAAGUAUAUAAAAACUGUUCAAUAAAUUUACUCGACAUAUUUAGCCAUAGCUUCGAAUAA